UGCUUCAGGAGAUGUUGCCUUUUCUGUCUAUUCUUCUGGCUCAAGGUUUUGCUAUUUUUCUGUUAGAUGAAAAAUCAUGUUGAUUACUUUUUAUUUACAUUAGAUUUUGGGAUAAUUGGCUAGAGAUUUCAUUAAACAAAAAGCAGACAAAACAAAGAAAGAAAGAAAAAUUGAAGAAAAGAUAAAGAAAAAAGUUGAGGGAGAGUAUAAAAGUACACAGAAGUUUUACACUAUUUGCAACAAUAAUUGAAUACUGAGCAAUGACAAGGGUGAAAUCCACUGGCAGCAAAAAAAUAAAUCUAAAUAGCAUUAACAAUAGCAAUAAAACUAAUAGAAAUAAAAGAUUUAAAAGAAAACAUCAUAUUAAAAAAAUAAAUGAAAAGGUCAAGUCAAUCAGAAAAAAUUACUUUGCCCAUCCUAUCAAAUCAAAGAAUUUAAAUGAACCAAAGAACAAAAAAUUCUCAAUCAGCCGAAAUUUUUUAAACAUCAAUGCUAAUUUUGCUAAUUUUGACCAAACUACAAAAAAAAAUGGCUAUAACACCUUUUCAUGCGAAUACAAACUAGAUAAUAAAGAGAAUGAAUCCAAUGGUGUGAAUGCCUCUGGUUUUGAAGAGGACGAUGAAAUGAACAUGGAAAUCGACAAUGAUUAUGACGAUUAUAAUUCUGAUGAUAAUUCGUUUUUUAGAAAAUCACCAACUAAAGGUAUAACUGGUACUUUUUCAAACUAAUUAUAUUUAAACAAUAAUGUUUAUUCACUGAUCUUAAGUAUUAACAUUGAAAGGUAAAUAGCUGUAUCAAAUAUUGUCAAAACUGCAUUUUACAAGAUAAACACUUUGAACUCCAAGAGACUAUCGCUUCAUGAC